UUUAAACAUAACCUUCAACGUUUUAAAGUUGUUGACGAAUAGUGUCCUUCCUUGAUUUUCGUAAGUGCGCAUUAAAAUUAGCAUUUGCUGUAAAGAAACACAAUGGAAGAGAUGGAUGUGGAAAAUGAAAAGAACAGCGAUAAAAGUUCGUGCGAGGAUUUAUCCGACAGCAAAGGCGACGAGUUAGAAGUAGUUGAGAAUGAAACCGAAGAAACAGGAAUCAUCGAAUCUACCGAUGAACAGGACGAAGAUGAUGAUGAAGAAAAUGACGACGAAGAGGAUGCCGACGAGGCGGAGGUAAAAGUUUUGGAGGCCUGUCUUGCUCAGAAUCCAUAUGAUUACGCGAGUCAUGUAGCCAUUAUCAAUAAAUUGCAAAGAAUGGGUGAAUUGGAACGGUUACGUGCCGCCAGAGAAAACAUGAGCUCCAAGUAUCCCUUGAGCCCCGAACUCUGGUUAUCCUGGAUUCGGGAUGAAAUUAAAUUAGCCACUACGCCGGAACAGAGAGCCGAAAUAGUAAAACUAUGCGAACGUGCUGUCAAAGAUUACCUCUCCGUAGAAGUGUGGCUAGAAUACUUGCAGUUCAGUAUUGGUAAUAUGGGCACUGAAAAAGAUUCAACAAAGAAUGUCCGGCAAUUAUUUGAGCGAGCAUUAACAGAUGUUGGAUUGCACGCUAUUAAAGGUGCCAUAAUAUGGGAGGCGUUUAGAGAAUUCGAACUUGUUUUAUAUGCACUGAUUGAUUCCACAAAUCAAGCUGAAAGGAAAGAGCAGCUAGAGCGUAUUGGGAAUUUAUUCAAAAGACAGUUAGCUUGUCCUCUAUUAGGCAUGGAAAAAACAUAUGAGGAGUAUGAAAUUUGGCAUAGCGGGGAUGGUGCAGAAGCUGUUAUUGACGAUAAAAUUGUAAUCAGAGGAUACGAACGAGCAUCCGCGCAGCUCAAUGCUCGUUUACCUUAUGAAGAGAAAAUUGUUUCGUCAGAUGCUGAAAGCGAACUUUUAGAUUCAUAUAAAGCAUAUUUGUUACAUGAAAAACAAAACGGAGAUCCAGGACGAAUAUGUGUUCUGUAUGAAAGAGCCGUCACUGACCUCAGUUUAGAAGUGUCACUUUGGCUCAAUUAUCUUACGUAUUUGGAAGAAAAUAUAAAAAUUGAAUCUGUGUUAGAUCAAGUAUAUCAACGAGCUUCAAGAAAUGUUCCUUGGUGUGCAAAAAUAUGGCAAAAAUGGAUGAAGUCGUACGAGAAAUGGGGAAAACCGACAUUAGACGUUCAAGCAUUGCUAGAAAAUGCUUUAAGAGCUGGAUUUUCUACUGCAGAAGAAUAUCGAAAUCUGUGGAUAGCGUAUUUGGAAUAUUUACGACGGAAACUCGAUCGAGAUUCCACCGACGAAGAGAAGCAGUUGGAUAUAUUACGUAAUACGUUCAAUAGAGCUUGCGAACACUUAGCAAAAUCCUUCGGUUUAGAAGGAGACCCGAAUUGUAUUAUAUUACAAUUUUGGGCAAGAACUGAAGCUAUACAUGCCAAUAACAUGGAAAAAGCUAGAUCAUUGUGGGCUGAUAUCUUGUCGCAAGGACACUCCGGAACAGCAUCAUACUGGUUAGAAUAUAUUUCUUUAGAAAGAUGUUAUGGAGAUACAAAACAUUUAAGGAAAUUAUAUCAGAAAGCUCUGGCUUCUGUAAAAGAUUGGCCGGAAAGCAUAGCAAAUACUUGGAUAGACUUUGAAAGGGACGAAGGAAGUCUGGAACAAAUGGAACAUUGCGAGGUAAAAACAAAAGAGAAACUAGAGAAAGUAGCAGAGGAAAGACAGAAAACACAACAAACUUCAAAUCAUAAGCUAUCACCUUUGCAAAACAAAAAGACUAAUAAAAGGAAACCAGACGAUGGUGGUAGAUGGAAAAAUUUAGGAGGUUCGCCUACAAAGAUUACGAAAGUCGAAACACAAAUAAAACCAAAAUUAAAAGAAAGCCGUUUAAACUUUGUAAAAAAGAUCGGCGAUGAUAACGAAGAACAAAAGCCGAAGAUUGCUCCACCACCUGGUUUCAAAGCGCCAGAGAAUGAUAAGAUGGAAAUAGAUAAUACUCCGGAAGUCGAUGAUAAAAUCACGGUUUUCGUAAGUAAUUUAGACUACACUGCAACCGAGGAGGAAGUCAAAAAUGCUUUAGAACCAGCUGGAUCCAUUACAUCGUUUAAGAUGAUACGAGAUUAUAAAGGACGUAGCAAGGGUUAUUGCUAUGUGCAGCUAAACAAUCCGGAAGCGGUUGAAAAGGCUUUAAAAUUGGAUAGAACUCCUAUAAAAGGACGACCAAUGUUUGUUUCAAGAUGUGAUCCAAACAAAACAACGCGAACGCCAGGGUUUAAAUACAGUCACUCCCUCGAAAAGAAUAAACUCUUUGUUAAAGGCUUGCCGUUAACGACAACAAAAGAGGAGCUCGAGGAAGUCUUUAAAGUUCAUGGAACAUUAAAAGAAGUUCGCAUAGUUACUUACCGUAACGGUCAUUCAAAAGGACUAGCUUACGUUGAAUAUGAAGAUGUAACUACUGCCGGAAAGGCUCUCCUAGCUACCGAUGGAAUGAAAAUCGGCGACAAAGUUAUAAGCGUGGCUAUAAGCCAACCACCUGAACGGAAGAAGGUUCAAACGAUGGAAGAAACGCCUUUAAUUAAGUCUCUAGGUGGCACCACAGUAAAACGAACGUUUGGUAUGCCUAAAACGUUAUUGUCUAUGGUACCUCGUACUGUUAAAACCACUGCCACAAACGGCAGUGCAAAUGUGGCUGGAAAUGGUGUUCCACAUAAAAUGAGUAAUCAAGAUUUUAGAAACAUGUUACUGAAUAAAAAAUAAUUUGUUACCGUACAAGUGGUUCUUAAACAUGUUGUUUAUUUGAAUUUGUGAUUUUUAAGAUACGUGUACCACAAAUUGCCAUAUUUGGCACAAGUUUUCGCGUGAUAUCACAUUUUCUAAACACAAUCUACGUGAUGUACAAAAAGUUAGCAAAGCACUAGAAAAAUUCUCCAUGAAAUUCUUUCUUCUAACUGUCCGUGUAUAUUUACAAAAAGUAUUCGGUAAUAAAGUUAGAAAUGUUAAGGAUAAAAUGGGGAAACCAGGAACCACUACUUGAUAGAAAAUAAAUACAUUUAAUGUAAGAUAAUUUAUAUACACAAGAUAAAAAUGUGUGUCAGGCGCGUGCACGCAUUACACUAAACGCAAUUGGAAACAACUUUCCUAUCAUACAGACAUUACAGUGUUACAAAAAUAUUUCGAAAUGCGCACGAUAGAAAAAUCGUUCAAAAUAAGCGAGGGCAGUUACACUGUAAGUAAAUCGUAAUAACAAAUCAGGACCAUCAUUCGUAUCGUUCUAAACGAUGAAUCUCGUUCUAGUUUCGUUUACGAAACUAUAAUAAAAUCACUAUAAAAUGUUCUUGACAUGGAAUUCACAGAACGGUUGUCACAAGGAUACGUUAAAUUUUUUCAUCCAUUUUACAUUCUUCAUGCUCGUUCUACGUGAAAUACCAAUAAUGUCU